GUCAGGAAGAUUAUGAUCGUCUACGACCUCUCUCUUAUCCUGAUUCUCAUGUUAUCUUGAUUUGUUUUGCUGUUGACUCUCCCGAUUCCUUGGAUAACGUACAAGAAAAAUGGAUUUCAGAGGUAAUGCACUUCUGUCAUGGUUUGCCUAUCAUCUUAGUUGGAUGCAAGAAAGAUUUGAGGUUCGAUCCCAAGACUAUUGAAGAACUUCGCAAGACUUCUCAAAGGCCGGUGACACCUGAAGAGGGUUUGAGUGUCUCUCAAAGAAUUGGUGCCUAUAAAUAUCUUGAAUGCUCAGCCAAAACUGGUGAGGGUGUUCGCGAG